GCGUCAGAGAACGAGAAGCACGAACACUAAGGAAUUUGUUCAGUGGUGUCUGUGAAUUAUAUUGAAGGAAAAAGAGUGUUUUGUUUAUAAAUUUAAUUGCAAAAAACUGCACAUCGUCGGGGGCGCGUGCACACACAUGGACGCACACGCACACCCACGCCCACACGUCGCAAGAAAAAACGGAGAGUGUUAUCAAUGGAGUGCCAGUGCCCCAACGCCAAGUGAUUUUUUUUAAGAGAAGACCGAGACCGAGGGACGGAAAAAAAUGGCGCCCGCAGCCAGAGCAACUUGACUUUCUUUUCGGUCUAUAUAGUAGUUCGCCCCCGUCUCGUCGUCGGCGAACGAAUGCGGUGAUUUUCGUUUUCGUCGCAGUGCGAUAGCCCAAAAGGAAAAAAUAAACCUAGAAAUAGACAGUAAAAGUGCGCUUAAAAAUCCCCAAAACGAUUUGUGUAUAUUUUGGCUGCGAACACAGCCGCAAAAAUACCAUUACCAAUUUCCACUUACUACUACUAGAGGAGGCUAGUAUUUUGUACGUGCUUUAGAAUACAUACAUACAUACCUACAUAUACCACAAGCAAGCGAGAAGUGCAAUUACAUUUGCGUUUGGAAAUUUUGCGCUUUUUUCUCUUCCGUCCCCCCCGAAAUCCCCGUUCCCCACUCUCUUUGCCCAAAUAUAAUGUGCGCCGCCCAGAAUCCGCCGCCCUUCGGCUAUACCUGGGGUUUUGCGGACAACGGCAGCCGCGCCGCCGAAUCGGUACUGGAGAUAUCGCCCAACAUCAACUAUACGGUCAGCGGGGGAGUCGAUGCCCUAUUUGUUAUCGACGGAUGGAUCAUUGGCUGUUCAAAAGGAUGUCAAGGGCCUCACUGGCGGCAAAAAUAAUGUCGUACGCCGCAUGUUUGUUGUAAACGAUCCAAACUUUCCGCCUGGAACUCAGAGAGUAAUUACCGCCGGUGGACCAUCGACGGUGGUCAAGAAACAGGAUCCCAAUCAACAGGUCCUGAGCCUCGACAAGAACUAUCUGCUGGUGGAUCCGGCUACCGCUGCAGCAGCUGCAGCCGCUGCUGGUGGGGAUCCGGGGCUCGCCCACCACCACACGUUGACGAACGGCAGCAUCGUUGAUGCCAAGACCGGACAGACGGUCCUCACCGCCGGAUCUGCGGCGGCCAAGUCGCACUUUAGCUCGAUCGGGGCGCUACAUCUCACGCAAGAGGAGUGCAACGAGAUCCUGAUCAAGCGCGCCAUCGCUGCCGGCCACCAUCAGACGCACACGAUCACCGCUGCCGACGGAUCCCAUCACCAUGCGUCCGGCGGGACACCAAGCUUUUGUUCCGUUGGCGGUGCAACAACACUCUUAGGUGACAUACUUCCUGGUAUUUCAGUUCAAGUACAGAAAGUAAUUCAAGGACUUGAGGAUAACGAGGACUCGCAAGGCGACGCACCCAACUUAAAGUUGGAGCCAGGCACAUUAGAGUUGUCCCCGAAGACCGAACUACAGGAAUCAAUGCAUUUCAGCGAAACGGACGCCACUAUCAAGAAGGAACGCCCGUACAGUUGCGACGAGUGCGGCAAGUCCUUUCUGCUCAAGCAUCACUUGACAACCCACGCCCGCGUGCACACAGGUGGUGAACGCCCCCACAUCUGCACCCACUGCGGCAAGAGCUUCGCGCACAAGCACUGUCUCAACACUCACCUGCUGCUUCACUCCACGGAGAGACCUUAUCAGUGUCAGGAGUGUAAGAAGAGCUUCACCCUUAAGCACCAUCUGCUGACCCACUCGCGGGUCCACAGCCGCGAGCGACCGUUUGUCUGCCAGGAGUGCGGGCGCGCCUUUCCGCUCAAGCGGCACCUGGUGACGCACAGCAAGUUCCACGCCGGCGAACGGCCAUAUGUCUGCGAGGAGUGCGGGGAAAGCUUUGCCCAGGAGAACCACCUGAUUAUGCACUCACGCUUUCAUGGCUCAUUGAAUCCAUUUGUUUGCGCUGAUUGCGGAGCCUCGUUUCCACGCAAGUUCCAAUUGGUUAACCACGGACGUAUUCACGGCAAGAUUCCCCAUUCGUGUACGGUGUGCGGCAAGGAGUUUCUACAAAAGCGAACGCUAGUUUCCCACAUGAGACGCGUACACACUGGUGAGCAGGCGCAUCCUUGCGUCAGCUGCGGCGAGGGUUUCCUUACCAAGGCCGAAUUACAUCAGCAUGUGAGGACGGCGCAUAAUGGCGUCAAUCCGAAUACGAGCAGUGCAACCAUUAUAGCUAAUCAACAGCAGCUGCAACAGGCCCAUCAUCAUCAGUCGGGACAGCAGACGCAUCCGCAGACCAUAACCGUGGUUAGCAAUCCGGGUAACUCCACGUUGCUGACUGUCUCCACAACGGAUGCCAAUGGUGUGGCUCGUCCACAGUUUGUGUGCCGAGAGUGCGGCAGUGCGUUUAAUAGCCGAGAGGCCUUGGCACUUCACUUGCGCCUUCACACUGGCGACAAGAGCCUGAUGACAGAUCUGUGUGCCUUGACCGCCGCGCUGCCGGGACACUUCUUGAGCACGGCCAGCCUGAAUCCAGGCACGGUGGUAACGGCCAAUCCGAAUCUGGUGGGCCAGAGUCCAGUGCCAGUGCAGAUCAUAUCGUCCACCGGUCAGGUGAUGUCGCAGACCACGCUGGUGCAGGCCGCCAACUCGACCCAUCCGCAAGCGGUGGUCACCGCGGUGCCUACAAUGCCCGUGCACGGCCAACAGCAGCACCUGCAGCACGUGGCCCAGCAGCAGCAGCAGCAACAACAACAGCAGCAACAGCAGCAGCAACACAUCGUCUCCGCACCGCCGGCCAACAAGCCGAAAUCGCAUUUCUGCGCCAGUUGUGGCAAGGGAUUCGCUGCGAAGCACGGACUCAUGCAGCACAAUCGGCGUCACCCGAACGGUGGAUGCACGGUGCGCACACACGUGUGCGAGUGCGGCAAGGCCUUCUUCCAGAAGAACCACCUGAUGCUGCACCAGCGCCAGCAUCUGGAGACGAAGCCCGCCAUAUCGCAGCAACAGGAAGCCUCUGCUCAGCAGCAACUGGCGGCUACAGGCGACCAGCAACAGGUGCAGGUGCAAAUACUUCCCGAUGGCCAGCUUCACGGCAAGGUGAUUAAGUACGAGAUGUGCCGCAAUGUGUUGCCGGAAGAUCAGCAGCAGGACCAGGCGGACUUGAGCGCAGAGUAACCGAAAGCGGUUGUAAAUACGUGGCAAGUGCAACAGCAACACAUUAGUAGCGACCAGCAGACCAGCAGACCACCAGCUGCAACACCAUCAGCGCAGGGCAGAACACCAUCGCACUCGGAGAGACACAGGUAGAUCCCUCCCAGAGGAGUCCUCGGAGUGUGGCGCAAGCGUCGUUAGCGAUUCCCUUAAUUGUAAUAUUUUAGUUAGUCCUAGGUUAGCGGCUAAGAAAUCGCAUUGUACACAUGAUAGUUGAUUAGCGUUACCGACAUGAACACACACCUUAUAUAAUAUAUAUAUAUACAGACAUAUAUAGAUUUACGUAUAUAGAGUAUCUGUUAAUUUUUGCGAUGCCUUGGUCGCAUCUAAAACAACAACCUGUAUGAGUUGCAAGUUUUAAAGCGUUACGUUCAAUUGGUUUUAUGCAUUACACGAGUUUUAAUAACACAACUUAUACAAAAACUUAUAUUCAACUAGACGACAAAUAUUUAUGCCUAAGUGUAACCUGUAUACAUAUUAACACGAAACAUAGACGACUACGGAUAGUUUUAGGCACUAGCAAGCGUUGCACUUGAAUACGUACGUAACCAGCGGCUCCAAUCCAGACGUGGCGUGGGCGUUUGCGUGGUCGCAAUCGUGGGACUGGUAUGGGUAUUCCUGUCCAGAAUCGCGUUGGUGCAGGCAGCACAUUUCGAAUGUACAUACAGAAACCGGAGCCCGCUGCAAGCCCAGGUAAAUGAAGAACAGGUCUACGACUCCAGUUGGAGUCUGGGCGAAAAAGGAAUGUGGAGUAGGUGCCUGGCACAAAAACUAGCUAACACAGAUAUCCAACACGAACAGGGAGAGAAAUCUCCAGCGUAGGUGACUGCAAUUGUUUGACAACCCAAAACACACAGCCUAGCAAACGAAAAACUUGACACAAAAUUAUUCAAUGAAAUUAGUACACAUGAAGCAGCUACAAGAACAGACACUCUUAUAACCGACCCACAUCAUCCAAUGCACGCUUGGCGACGUAUAUCACACUGUAAAAAAUCGAAGUUAAGUCUUAGGGACGCGUUAAGGCGGACGGAACAUAAUUGGUAAUUAUCGUAAUCGGAUAAAUGAAACAAUAAAUAAUAAACCUACACUAAGCAUAUAUUUUAAUAUGUAAGCCUUAAAGAAAUACAAACGGAAGAUAUGAAUUAUAAUAAACAAAACAAUGUGUAAUUGCAA